UUCGCCGGUCUGCUCUCGGUGACGCAGCUCCAUGGCGGACCGUUGUAAGUUGACAGUUGGGGAACAAAUGUCGCUGAAAAUGAGAAAUAACGACGUGAAACACGUUUUAAAAACAUCGUGUGUUCACGCAGCAUGAACUGAGUCUGUCCUCCACCUCUGCUUCGCCUGUACGCUCGGUUUCUCUGCGGACUUUAAAGGUUUUUGUUACGGACAGUCAUGUCGUUUGUGGUGGACUCUGUCAUCAUGUUCACCUCGCAGGUGCUGUUCUUUGGAUUCGGAUGGUUAUUCUUUAUGCGGCAGCUGUUUAAAGAUUAUGAGGUGCGGCAGUACAUCGUCCAGGUGGUUUUCUCUAUCACCUUCGCUUUUUCAUGUACCAUGUUUGAGCUCAUCAUCUUUGAGAUUCUUGGUGCCUUAAGUAGUACUUCCAGGUAUUUCCACUGGAAGCUGAAUCUCUAUGUGAUACUGCUGGUUCUCAUCUUUGUGGUGCCUUUCUACAUCGGAUACUUUGUUGUCAGCAACAUACGUCUGUUGCAGAGACAGAAGCUUCUGUUCGCUUGCAUGGUGUGGUUCACCUUCAUGUAUUUCUUCUGGAAGUUGGGAGACCCGUUCCCCAUCCUCAGUCCGAAACAUGGCAUCCUGUCCAUCGAGCAGCUAAUCAGUCGUGUUGGUGUGAUCGGAGUCACACUCAUGGCUCUGUUGUCCGGGUUUGGUGCGGUCAACUGUCCCUACACGUACAUGUCCUAUUUCCUCAGAAAUGUAACAGACAGUGACAUUCUCGCUCUGGAGAGACGGCUGCUCCAGACCAUGGACAUGAUUGUCAGCAAGAAGAAGCGAAUCGCCAUGACACGGAGGCAGAUGUACCAGCGUGGGGAAGACCAGAACAAACAGACAGGAUUCUGGGGCAUGAUCAAGAGUGUUACCUCGACACAAACAGGCAGCGAGAACCUCUCACUGAUUCAGCAGGAAGUCGAUGCUCUAGAGGAGCUGAGUCGACAGCUCUUCCUUGAGACUGUGGAUCUGCAAUCUACCAAGGAGCGAAUUGAGUACUCGAAGACAUUCCAGGGGAAAUACUUCAACUUCCUCGGCUACUUCUUUUCCAUCUAUUGCGUUUGGAAAAUCUUCAUGGCCACUAUAAACAUUGUGUUCGAUCGAGUUGGAAAGACGGAUCCAGUGACGAGGGGUAUCGAAAUCACAGUGAACUACUUGGGCAUCCAGUUCGACGUAAAGUUUUGGUCCCAGCACAUCUCUUUCAUCUUGGUGGGAAUAAUAAUCGUCACAUCCAUCCGUGGUUUGCUCAUCACCCUCACUAAGUUCUUCUACGCCAUAUCGAGCAGCAAGUCCUCCAACGUCAUCGUGCUCGUCCUCGCUCAGAUCAUGGGAAUGUAUUUCGUAUCAUCCGUGUUGCUGAUGCGCAUGAGCAUGCCGCUGGAGUAUCGCUCCAUCGUGACGGAGGUUUUGGGAGAGCUGCAGUUCAACUUCUACCACCGCUGGUUCGACGUCAUCUUCCUGGUCAGCGCCCUGUCGAGCAUCCUCUUCCUGUAUCUCGCUCACAAGCAGGCACCAGAGAAACACAUGGCUCUCUGAUUCCCCGCAUCGCUUUCCACCAGGGUGUGACUUUAAAUCUCGCUUUUUUUUUAAUAUAUGGGAUUUGGGAAUUAUAUGGACUGCCUGUUCCUGAAUCAGGAAUGGCUGCUUGUUGGAUGCAAGUGAUGGGGAACUCUCAGAGCACAUGAGGAAACUACUUUGUAGUAUUUACAGAACAAACAGUUCUAUUACAAAUUAAAUCUCACCUGCAAAUGAAAAGCUUUUGUUCUCUGUGCUCUUAAAUUUUCACUAUUUUGGCCCGAAAUGUUCUUUUGUCUGAACACACUGGAGCUGUACCGUUCACAGCACGUCCCUGCUUCACUUUCACUGAGGCGUGAAUGGACUAUAUGAAGGAAACAUCGUGGCAUCACUCAUGAUCUCCGUCCUGAGGUGGCGAGUGUCGUUUGUAUCAAAAUAUAUCAUUUAAUUGGGAACAAUAAGAAAUACCCAUGAAGUAAACAGAUCGUACGUGUUCAUUUAUUAUUUGUAUUCAUGGAAACUGUCAUUCAUUUUCUUUUCAUUUAGAAACGGGAACAACAGAUUUGAAUUUUCCAAACAUUAAAUAAAAGCAUCAGUCUUUGCAUAGAGAAA